AUGGAAAAGAACAUUUUGAAGAAAUAUAAAAGCUUUUUUAAUUUUGUUACGAAUAUUAAAAAUAAUACUGAAAAAGAAAAUAGCAUAAAAUACGCACAAAAUAUAUACCUAAGUAAAAUAUCAAAAAGUAAUUAUAAUGUUAAAAGUAAUGAGGAUCAAAUAUAUGAUAAUAAGCUUUUCUUGAAAUAUUGGAUAAGGAAAAAAAGACCAGGAGCUCGAAAUUGA